GGAGUUGAAAAUUAGGGAGGAGGUAGUAGAGUCCGGGUAGUGAGCGGAGGAACAGGAAGGGUAGGGCAAGAAAGGGAGAGGGGACAGGAGGGAAGGGUGGGCCAAAGUGGUGAGAAAGGAGGGCCAGCCAGUUGGGUGGGGGAGAGGGCCGAGGCCCGGGGGCAGAAGUGCAGGGCUCUGAGGCGGGGAGAGGAGAGCCAAGGGGGGCCCAGCCCGGAGCCAGGAUGCCCGCGCCGCGCACCCGGGAGCAGCCCCGCGUGCCCGGGGAGCGCCGGCCGCUGCUGCCUCGCGGCGUGCAGGGCCCUCCACGGUGGCGGCGGGCCGCGGGCGCGGCGGUGCUGCUAGUGGAGAUGCUGGAGCGCGCCGCCUUCUUCGGCAUCACUGCCAACCUCGUGCUCUACCUAAACAGCACCAACUUCAACUGGGCGGGCGAGCAGGCGUCGCGCGCCGCGCUGGUAUUCCUGGGCGCCUCCUACCUGUUGGCGCCUGUGGGCGGCUGGCUGGCCGACGUGUACCUGGGCCGCUACCGCGCGGUCGCGCUCAGCCUGCUGCUCUACCUGACCGCCUCCGGCCUGCUGCCCGCCACCGCCUUCCCCGACGGCCGCAGCUCCUUCUGCGGAGAGAUGCCCGCGUCGCCGCUGGGACCCGCCUGCCCCUCGCCCGACUGCCCGCGCGCCUCGCCCAGCCCCUACUGCGCGCCCGUCCUCUACGCGGGGCUGCUGCUCAUCGCCCUGGCCGCCAGCUCCGUCCGGAGCAACCUCACCUCCUUCGGUGCCGACCAGGUGAUGGAUCUCGGCCGCGACGCCACCCGCCGCUUCUUCAACUGGUUUUACUGGAGCAUCAACCUGGGUGCUGUGCUGUCGCUGCUGGUGGUGGCUUUUAUUCAGCAGAACAUCAGUUUCCUGCUGGGCUACAGCAUCCCUGUGGGCUGUGUGGGCCUGGCAUUUUUUAUCUUCCUCUUUGCCACCCCUGUCUUCAUCACCAAGCCCCCCAUGGGCAGCCAAGUGUCCUCUAUGCUUAAGCUCGCUCUCCAAAACUGCUGCCCCCAGCUGUGGCAACGACACUUGGCCAGAGACCGUCAAGGUGCCCACCUGCUGCCUGACCAGAGGUCUCCCCAGCCUGGGGCUUCCCCGCAAGAGGACAUCGCCAACUUCCAGGUGCUGGUGAAGAUCUUGCCCGUCAUGGUGACCCUGGUGCCCUACUGGAUGGUCUACUUUCAGAUGCAGUCCACCUACGUCCUGCAGGGUCUUCACCUCCACAUCCCAAACAUUUUCCCAGCCAACCCGUCCAACAUCUCCAUGGCCCUGAGAGCCCAGGGCAGCAGCUAUACGAUCCCGGAAGCCUGGCUCCUCCUGGCCAACGUCGUGGUGGUGCUGAUUCUGGUCCCUCUGAAGGACCGCUUGAUCGACCCUCUGCUGCUGCGGUGCAAGCUGCUUCCAUCUGCUCUGCAGAAGAUGGCUCUGGGGAUGUUCUUUGGUUUUACCUCCGUCAUUGUGGCAGGAGUCCUGGAGAUGGAGCGCUUACACUACAUCCACCACAACCAAACCGUGUCCCAGGAGAUUGGGGAGGUCCUGUACAACGCGGCACCACUGUCCAUCUGGUGGCAGAUCCCUCAGUACCUGCUCAUUGGGAUCAGCGAGAUUUUUGCCAGCAUCCCAGGCCUGGAGUUUGCCUACUCAGAGGCCCCGCGCUCCAUGCAAGGCGCCAUCAUGGGCAUCUUCUUCUGCCUGUCGGGGGUGGGCUCACUGUUGGGCUCCAGCCUAGUGGCACUGCUGUCCUUGCCUGGGGGCUGGCUGCACUGCCCUGAGGACUUCGGGAACAUCAACAAUUGCCGGAUGGACCUCUACUUCUUCCUGCUGGCUGGCAUUCAGGCUGUCACGGCCCUCCUAUUUGUCUGGAUCGCUGGACGCUAUGAGAGGGUGUCCCAGGGCCCAGCCUCCCACAGCUGUUUCAGCAGGGACAGGGGCUGAACACACCCCAUUCCAGCCCCUUUGCUUCACUCCACCAGACAGCAGCAGUCCCAGCUCUGGUUUCCUUCUCGGUUUAUUCUGUUAGAAUGAAAUGGUUCCCAUAAAUAACGGGCAUGAGCCCUUCCUCACGAC